CGAGCGCGGUGCGGGCGCUCACAGCAGAGCGGAGCAGCGCCAGCGGCGAGGCAGCUCGGGUCGCCGCUGUUGCUUUUUGUCAAUAGAAAUUGCAUUUCAUCUGCUUUUUCGGGGGUUUUCGGUACCGUCUGCGCUGGAUAAGCUUCUUUCGGGUUGCUACGACGACAUGCAGGAAUCCAAGACCGAUCAAGCAGCCAAUAGCAGCCCAGCUGGCCAGGAGGGACUGAGCUCAGAGGAGGAGCAAGUGGCCAGCGAGACUUUGUCAACGUUUAAAACAUCUCCGGCCAGUUUGCAGCAGAUACAGCAGGCACUUCAAGUUGCUCAACAACAGCGACAGCAGUGUGGGGAGAAGUCCCAGAAGAGUGGGGAGAAGGAUCCAGAAACGCAGGUGCCUGUGUCGUUGGCGAUGAUGACUCCUCAAGUGGUCACUCCUCAGCAGAUGCACCAAAUCCUCCAGCAGCAAGUCCUGAGCCCCCAGCAACUUCAACUGUUACUGCAACAACAGCAGGCUGUGAUGUUACAGCAGCAACAGCUGCAGGAGUUCUACAAGAAGCAGCAAGAGGAUCUUCAUCUGCAGCUUCUCCAGCAGCAGCAGCAGCAGCACAGUGGCAAACCCAGCAAAGAGAUGAUCGCCCAGCAGAUGGCUGUCCAGCAGCAGCUCCUCUCCCUCCAGCAGCAGCAUCUGCUCAGCUUGCAGAGGCAGGGCCUGCUGACGCUCCCUCAAGCCACAGCCCUCGCCUCACUUCCCCAGAGUAUGCUUCCUGCAGAGCUGCAGCAGCUGUGGAAAGAUGCGACUGAGGGUAGAUCUGAGGAAAAGGGAAGAGGUGAUAAGUCCCCCUCUCCCCCUAAACCACCUCUCCUCAACCAGCACCCCAGCACCAACGGACACCACGCACCCCGUCCUGUCAGAAGAGAGAGUUCACAGGAGGCUCAGUCCCAGAGCAAUCACCCACUCUACAGCCACGGCGUGUGCAAGUGGCCGGGCUGCGAGGCCGUGUUGGGAGACUUCCAAUCAUUCCUCAAGCAUUUAAACAGUGAACAUGCACUGGAUGACAAGAGCACAGCUCAGUGCAGAGUCCAAAUGCAAGUCGUUCAACAGCUUGAACUGCAGCUAGCUAAAGACAAAGAACGCCUCCAGGCCAUGAUGGCCCACCUCCAUGUCAAAGCUACUGAGCCUAAACCAACCCCACAGCCGGUGAACCUGGUUUCCAGCCUCACUCUUGCCAAGGCGACGGUUCCCAAGCCCACUCCGUCUAUGAGCCUUUCCCAAAGUGCCACGGCCCCGUCCACACCCCUCACGCCGCUGCCUCAGACGCCCACCGUCAUCAUUCCCACCAGUCUGCACGGCAUGGGGACCAUUCGCAAACGCUACUCCGACAAGUACAACAUGGCCAUGGACCAAGACAUUGUGCAGAAUAAGGAGUUUUACCUGAGUGCUGAAGUCAGGCCACCAUUUACAUAUGCAGCUUUGAUAAGGCAGGCGAUUUUUGAGUCUCCAGAAAAGCAGCUAACGCUAAAUGAGAUCUACAACUGGUUCACUCGAACCUUUGCCUAUUUCAGGCGCAACGCAGCAACAUGGAAGAAUGCGGUUAGGCAUAACCUCAGUCUCCACAAGUGUUUUGUGAGAGUGGAGAACGUGAAAGGAGCCGUUUGGACUGUGGACGAGCUGGAGUUUCAGAAAAGGAGACCUCAGAAGAUCACUGGAUCACCUUCUCUGUUGAAGAACAUCCAGGCGAGCCUUGGCCAAAGCCCUGCCCUGUCUGCUCUGCAGGCUGCGAAGGUGGACGGUGGCCUGACACAGUACAGCUCUGCCUCUAUGGGGGGCUCCACUCUGAAGGCCCUGGCCAACGCUAUGCAUGAGGAGAUGAUUGCGCAGGAGCACGAGGACGGCUCCCACAGUGACUCCAGCCUGGAGCUGUCCCCCAUGUCUGCUCUGCACCAUGCUGGAAUGAAAGGGGAGCAGUUGGAGGGGGAGGACCUUGAAGGCUCCAUGUCUCCAGACAUGGGAGAAGAGCACAGCCCCGACAUGGAGCAUGACCUAGAUUAUCCCGAAGACCACGACCCGCAGCCCGCCCGCCCGACAGCUUUUUCCUGAAGCCCAGCCGUUCCGCGGCCAUUUCCGACCGGACUUCAAGCGUUUUUUUUUCCCAGUCCCUUAUUGACAGCUAAACAAUGUACCAGCAGACUCUGAGAAUUGUUUCACGAGGAGUUCAAUUCACAAUUCAAUUCCACUUGGGAACAACUGUUAUUUAUUCUUUGGAGCUACCUGUUGUUUUUGUAUGCAAUGGAUUGACCUCAGCGGUACUAAAGGGCUCCUCUUUGUAGGGGUAAUGCAUUGUAAACGUUGGCCCAUAGACUAACAGAGGAUGUUGAGGAGGGGCUUAUUCAGCUGUUGGGUGUGUGUCUUGAGUAUACACUUAAAAUAAGCACUACACCGCCUGGGUUGACUACAUGCAGAACCUACUUGCUUUAAUCAGGUGAUUCACGUUACGGUUAUCGCAAAUACCAUGUUGACACUAGAAGCGUCUAGAACCAGUGUUGCCGUAGAAUGUGUAGAAACUCUGGGAACUCCGGGUCACAAUGCUUACGAGUCUUCUCACAUCUGCUAUGUGCUAAACUACGUUUAGUCCGAGUUUGAUCACCACUGCCUCAAAUACUAUGUGGUUAGUCACUGUUUUGGGUCACGUUUGGCCUUAAAUAUGGGUGUGGCCCAUUAGUUAUAGGUCUGCUCACUGAAAUUGUGAAUGUCUUUUUUUUUUUUUUUUUAACUUUCCUUUUAUUUUUUUUGUUUGUUUUCACGGUAGAAACCAAAACCAAAGGGGAACAUUUUGUAACCAGCACUUGAUGAAUGUUUUUUCUAAUUAUUAGUUUGAUUUUUUUUUUUUGAUUCCCACUGUUUGUACAGAAUGUUGCUGAAUCAAACUGCGUAGACACACCAUCAGAAAAGAACAGUCGAAAUGUACGUUUCCUUCAUUCGGUUACCAACAACGAGCUAAACCAAAAGUCGCUGUACUUGUGUGGAGCAACGUUUUUGUCUAGAUUUUGUUAGGUCUCUUUUCCCAACUGUAGAUAGCAGAUAUCAACAACAGUUACCAAAGAUUGUGAAAGUAAAGAUGCUUUUUAUGAUAUCUA